AUGUCCAAGAAACAAACAAAGGAGACUACGUUACCUAAAAAUGCAACUAUUCCAGGAUCAUCUCGAAUUUUACUUAAUAUCGAAGAUUAUCAUCAAGUAGCAAAAGAAAAACUUUCUAAAAUGGCUUAUGAUUAUUAUCGAUCAGGUGCUGAUGAUGAAAUAACUUUACAAGAAAACGUAGAUGCCUAUCGUCGAAUUAAAUUACGUCCAAGAGUAUUUGUAGAUGUUUCACAUCAUAGUACAAAUACAGAGUGUUGCUCUGUGUCUUUACUGAAUGGUCAAACAACUUGUUCAAUUCCUCUUUUAAUUGCACCAACAGCAAUGCAUCGAAUGGCUGAUGAUGAAGGUGAAUGUAGUACAGCUCGUGCAGCUGCUCGUGCUAAUACAGUUAUGAUACUUUCAUCUUUAUCAACAACACGUAUAGAAGAUGUAGCACAAGCACAUCAACAAGCAUUAAAACAAUAUCCAACAUCAACAUCACAAUUAUGGUUUCAAUUAUAUAUUCUUAAAGAUCGUGCAUUUACAAAACGACUUGUUGAACGUGCUGAAAAUGCUGGUUUUCGUGCACUUGUUGUUACUGUUGAUGCGUGUCGAUUUGGUAAUCGUGAAAUAGAUCAUCGAAAUGGUUUUCGUCUACCAGAAAAUAUGCAAUUAGAAAAUUUAUAUGAUGCUGGUUUAAAACAAGCACAAAAUGAACAUGUAUCAGCAUUAAAUGAUUUUAUUGCAAACAAUCUUGAUGCAUCAUUAACAUGGUCUGAUAUUAAAUGGUUACGUCAAAUAAGUCGAUUGCCUAUUAUUGUUAAAGGUAUAAUGACAGGUGAAGAUGCUCAAUUAGCUGCUCAAGCCGGUGUUGAUGGUAUUGUUGUAUCAAAUCAUGGUGCUCGACAAGUUGAUACAACAUUUAGUACAAUUGAAGUUUUGCCUGAAAUUGUGACUGCUAUUCGAACAAUGUCAAAUAAAAAAAAGAUUGAUAUUUAUAUAGAUGGUGGAAUUCGACGUGGAACUGAUAUUCUGAAAGCAUUAGCUUUAGGAGCAGAUGCUGUACUUGUUGGUCGACCUAUUCUUUGGGGUCUUGCAGCGAACGGAAGUCAAGGCGUUUUUGAUGUGCUUGAAGUAUUCAAGCGUGAAUUAAAACUUGCAAUGAUGCUUUGUGGAUGUGUCUCAUUACCUUCUAGAAAUAUGCCGACAUCAUCUCUCGUUACAAUGCCAAAAUCGAAGCUUUGA